AUGAGGAGAGAGGAGGAAAAGUUAAGAGGAGAUUUUAGGAAGAUAUUUUAGAGAUAAGAAGCUUUCGCGCGAGGAUAACAUAUAGACCUUUAACUGCACGUCGAAUAUAUUCAAUUUUUGUCAUUCACAUAUUUUGCACCAGGAUAUCUUUUACACGAGAGGGGAAAAAAAAUAACUUCGCCACUCCGCAGGGAUGCGUAGAUGAAGGCAGUAACCCCAAAAGGUACGGUCCCUUAUGAGGCUGUAAAAUGACUGCCCUAACACUGCCUAACACUGGCUGAGUAAGCCUGAAGUCCCUCUGCUGUGUCCAGUGCUGUGGCUCCCUCUGCUGUGUGACCGAGGAAGGCCAGGAAUGGCAGGCAGUACGGAGACAGUACUGGAGGAAGGGAUGAAUAUUGUCAUCGUCAAGCAUUACAACCACACAGGGAAGUGGGACCGGCCGCGCAACAGUGAAGCCUGUAAGAUAGCUGUGCUGCUCUGCAUCUGCGUGCUGAUUGUCCUGGAGAACAUCACGGUCCUCCUUGCUCUCUGGAGGAACAAGCGCUUCCACAGUCGCAUGUAUUUCCUCAUCGGAAACCUGGCACUGUCAGACCUGCUGGCUGGUGUGGCCUAUGUAGUUAACAUCUUUACUUCAGGACGUAACACCUUCUUCCUGACACCAAGACAGUGGCUGGCUAGAGAAGGGAGCAUGUUUGUGGCCCUCAGUGCCUCCACGUUCAGCCUUCUGGCCAUUGGGAUUGAGAGGCACAUGACUAUGGUGCGUCUGCGUCCAUGUGAGACGGCAGGUCGAGGGAGACUUCUAGGGCUGCUUGCAGCUUGCUGGCUGGUGUCAGUGCUUCUCAGUGCCCUGCCCAGCCUGGGGUGGAACUGCCUGGACAACCUGAACUCCUGCUCCACAGUGCUGCCGCUAUAUGCUAAGAGUUACGUGGCCUUUUGCAUUAGUGUCUUCAGUGCCCUGUUGGUGGCUAUCAUUAUCCUCUACAUCAGGAUCUACCGCCUGGUGACCUCUAGCGGCCGCAGGGUGAGCAGCCGGCCUUCCGAGCGCUCACUGGCCCUUCUGCGGACAGUGGUUAUUGUUCUUGGAGUGUUUGUCAUAUGUUGGGCCCCCCUCUUCCUCCUGCUGCUGCUGGAUGUGGGUUGUAGCCCACAUAAGUGCCCUGUGCUCUACCAGGUGGACUGGUUCAUUGCCCUGGCCGUGCUCAACUCUGCCCUCAAUCCUCUGAUAUACACUCUGUCCAGCAGGGAGAUGAGGGCCGCCUUCUUUCGGCUGCUGUGCUGCUGUCAGACCAGCAUGGAACCCACUGGGACUACUGUGGUGGGCAACCCCCACCUGGGCACAGUCAUCCCCACAGCAGAGAACAGCAAAACCAGUUUGGGUGGAGGAGGGGGCAGUGGGGCUGGCAAAUCCACAGUGAAUAGAGGAAAGGUUGCCACACCUAUGAACUCUGAAAAUAAGCAUGGAGAUCCCUCUGCGACUGCUGUGCCCCACCCCUCUGGGCCUGCAGACCUUCUAUCAGCUGUGCUGGUGAAGGCAGGGGCACUGCCGCCCCUCAGCAAGUUCUGAGUGAAAGCACCUUAAUGAGGUCUUAUGGAAGUAGACAUAGAACUGACAUAGUCCUGCUAUCAGCCACUUUUUGUUUAUGCACUAUGGUCAGUGUAGCAAGGAUAUGAAUAGCAAAACUAUUCAGACUGAACCAAACAAAUCCAGAUUGUAGAGUACAAUCAAAAUCACUUAAAGCCACUAUUUAGCAGUAAUUCAACCAUAUUAUUCACAACACCAAACAUAUUGCAAUGCAUAAAUUUCAAAACUAUGAAAAAUUGUAGGACAGUUUCUUGGACUUGGACUAAACCAAUCCCUGAAGUAAAUGUCUUGGCUUAAUCUGUCCAUGAGAUUAGUCUUGGUAAUAUUUCAAACAAUAACGAAGUAUAAUGAACUUUUUUAGUGUUGUGUCUGUCGUUGUGUUUAUUUCAUUUUGUCAUUAGAUGCAGAAAAAGAUCAAAUUGGGGCACUUUUUUCAUGUCCUAUAUAAAAAUACUCUUGAAACACUUGCAUUUUCCAUCACAAGUAGACUUAGUAAAUGUAUUUAUUUUCUAUGAAAACAUCUGGCAUCUUAAUACUAUAAACUAUUUGGUAUAUUGUUUUGCUUCGUCCGCAUAAAAACAUCAUGGUACUAGGACUUUAUUAUUAAUUGUGUGAUGAUUUGAGAUGCACUAUAAGAGAAAAGACGACUAAAGGUUAAUUUGUCAGACUAGCGGCCUCAUGAGGCUGUGAUGCUCAUUACACACACAGAAAAUAAAAUGGCUAGAUGACAUUGCCAUUUUUAGAUUCUUACCACCAAUGGGCAAGAACAUCAAGUUUGUCCUGACGGUGGUGCUAACUGGGAUAGGAAAAGCGAUGUUUUUAAACCAGAAGGGUUCAAAUAUUAUUACAAUGGCCAUGUUUGGUCAUUUCAGGCUCAGCUCUUCACUACCACACUUGAUUUAUCUUUCAUCAGUCUAAGUUCUACUGUGUCAGCAUCAGCUGAACUGUGAGAUGAAUUAGCGUGCUAAUAACUACACUCGUGGACUUUUUUGCUUCUCAUCAGCACAUCUAGAAACCACUCACACGUCAACUAACCACUAGUGAAUAGGAGUAUUGGAUGUGAAUAAUUUAAUGGUGGUAGACUGUAAAUAACGAUUCUGUCUGGGGUGAUGUAGUGCCUGAUACUAUUAUAUAGCAAAUAAAAUAAAAUCCUGUUCCCUUUUAUGAGAUUUUCUCAUGUGUCAUGUUGUUAUAUUAAAUCAAGUCUCUGUGCUGAUCCUCUCUGUGCUGAUAAAUUCUCAGGGAACAUACAAGAAACCCAGUGGUAGUGAUUUGGUCUGUGUCUUUUGUACCAUGUUACUGGGAGAUUUUUGCUUGUAUCAACCUGUUGUAGUGGAGGUUCACAUAAAAGCUUAAGCUAUACAUAUAUUCAUGUAGAAAUGCUCUGGUCGGUUUACCAUGUGCUAUUCGGACAGAAGAGAAAUGUCAUCUGACUUAACCCGCUGCACUCAUUUAAUAUACUAAUAGGAAGCUGACUGAUGCUCUCUUAUUCAGAUUCAUGGACAGACCUUGGUAAGGCAGUGAUGAAUAAUGCAGAGGAACUUUUGAUACCUAUUUUAACUUGGGGUUUUCGGUUGGGUGAGGUCAUAUUUGGCAUUAGUCAUAAAUCUUACUUUGAAGAGCUUCCAGUUAUUGUGAAAUACAGAAUGUCCCAUCUUCAAUUAAAUUCUCUGGAACUUCCAGGUUAUCUAGUACGUUAAACUAGUUAGAAAAACAGUUUGCCAGAGGUUUUCUUACAUUUUUUUGUCACAAUUUUUCUUGUUAAAACACUAUAUGUAUGAUGAUUAUCACAUCACACACAUUUACAGGAUGUGUUUGAACAAAUAAAGAGUUACUGAUGUAGCAUUAUGAAAAUACUUUACUUAUCACAGAAUUGAUAAAGCACUUUAUUUGGAAGUGGCUUAUAGUUUGUUUUCCAGAUGAAGACGCUGAAGUCAAGCAAAACCUGCUGCAGUGAAGGUUACUUUAAACCGAGCUGAUAGAUUGGGCUGAUAGCAACGCAGUUGGCUGUUCAUAGCACACUGCACAGCAAAAGACCAGACAGGACCUGACAGACUGGCAUUUCAUACUCACCUCAGCUAAAGGAUGUGUCUCUGCCGGCACCUCCAGUUUCUGAUGAAAAAAGACAGCAAGGAUGUAAUACCAGCCAAGCAUUUCCAGCUUAAAGGUCACUGACUGCUUCCUGUCAGAAGCGCUCGAACACUCUUUUCCCCGAAUUAGCCAGGGAUGAUCGUGACCUUAUGCCAUGUGGAACAUUAGAAAAUGCCAGAAUGUUGAGCUGUGUAGAGUUAUUUGCAGUCAGUGAGUCGCCUGCUUCCUGCAUGCUUUUCCUUACUCUCAUCUUCCCUGCUCAAUUUGUCAUCCUCUCCCUCCUUGAUUCAAAUCCUCAUUAGAUUUAGUCUCAUUAAUAUUUUUUUCUUUUUUUGUUGUUUUGCUGUUAAUUGAUUGAUUUAAAGUUGAAUUGCUCCAAAAAGACAGAGGUACUGUGGUUUCAAGCUUUUCAUUUUCAGCAGAGUUGUCAGGAACAGCUAUUAAAUAGCAGGUGUGCCAGCUCAAUUAGACAAUUGGGGUUUAUACUUUGGAAUAUACAAAAUCUAAUGGAUCUCCUGGAAAGGAUCAUGACAAAACUGGAUUUGGAAAACCUUCUGGUAUAAGCAAGAAGGACUUUUGUCCUAAAAUAUGGAUCCCUCCACUAUUAACUGAUCCUAAAAUGUGAGACAAUUCAUGAAAAAGACAUUAAUCCGUGGACCAUAUAAAAAAAAGCCACACACACAUAAAUUAUUGACCAAAGUGAAUACUGGGACAUCCUAUUUAAAGAGGAAUAUGACAUUGGCAGAUAUAAACUGUCUUCGUUUACAUGAUGUUUAGAGCUCUGGGUGAUGCAUAUAUGUUGAUGAUUUAGUAGCUAUUGUUUCCUGACAACACUUACUGUCACUGAUGAUGGGUUAAUUAAACCCCGAAGACUGAAACUGCAACAAUGUCUCUGUCCUUUUUUUCACUUAACUCUAAAUUCAGCUAAACAGCCAAAUAAAUAACUGUUAUUAAAUUAACGGUUGUUAAGAGAGAAAAAUAAUAAAUAAGCCACAUGUUGAAAAUUA